AUGAAAGGAAUUGUGACUCCUGGGGUUUCAGCAAAUGGGUCAGCUGACCUUGCUACUGAGCUCGAGAAAGGAGUUGAGAGAUUGUCGUUCAAGCCAGAAGGCUAUAAUUAUUGGUCAUGGAGAGGUCACAAGAUACAUUAUGUAGUUGAAGGAGAAGGUCUUCCUAUUGUUCUAGUUCAUGGCUUUGGCGCUUCUGCUUUCCAUUGGAGCCUUGGCGGAUUCACUGCUUUGGUUUCUGCAGUGGGGUUGCCUGACCAAGUUAUUGGGCUUGUACUGCUAAACUCAGCUGGACAGUUUGGAAAUCCGAAUGCAGAGGCCAAUAAGACCGAAGAGUCUGUUCUGCAAAAGUAUCUUUUGAAGCCAGUGAAGGAUGUUUUCCAGCGUAUAGUACUCGGUUUCAUGUUCUGGCAAGCCAAGCAACCAGCUCGUGUUGAAUCUGUCUUAAAGAGUGUUUAUAUAAAUAAAUCCAAUGUGGAUGACUAUCUUGUUGAAUCCAUCACUCGUCCAACUGCUGAUCCCAACGCUGGAGAAGUCUAUUACAGAUUAAUGACGGGAUUCAUGUUGAACCAAAGUACCUACACUUUAGACAGCGCUUUGAGCAACCUCAAAUGUCCCCUUCUACUGCUGUGGGGCGACUUGGAUCCAUGGGUGGGCCCUGCCAAGGCUAAUAGGAUCAAGGAGUUCUAUCCAGACACAACAGUUGUGAACUUUCAGGCUGGCCAUUGUCCCCACGAUGAAGUCCCGGAGUUGGUUAAUCAAGCUCUAAUCGAAUGGUUGUCUUCUCUAAGACCAGAACCCUUCCAACAAGCACUGUAA